CUCACUUGACUUGACAAGUUCUCUUAACCUGUUCUUUUCCACCUUCUCAUUAUUCAGUCUGUUUCUGUUAUCUGUGUCAUUAAUUACUAUUUAUAUUGAAUAAUAUUGCGUAUUCAGAAAUGUUAUAAUAUGGCUGCUGCUACUGGUUGUUUCAAAAGAAUUCUGCAAGUGUUAGAAAAAUGGCCAAUUGAUGAGACCAAGGCAGGAAGGGAUCUGGGACAAUUCCUGAGGGAGAAAGUUAACAAGGCUUAUAAAACGAAUCAAUUCGAAGCUGACAUAAAGCACUGGGAUAAGCAAUAUUUAUCGUUACAGAAAUUAGUGAAUAACGAGUACUGUAGGAGAUAUCCUAGAAGUGCAACAUCUUCUGCUACAGGAUUAACUAGGGAACAGUGCCAAAUAGCAUUAUCGAAUGAAUUUUUAGAAGAGAUCAACGAAGAAAAAGGCAGUUUUUUGCGUCGGUUAUUCUCUUUCAAAUCUAAUGAAAAAAACUAAAAUGACCCUAUUAUCAAGCAAAAGGAUUUUCAAUAACCUCUUUCUUA